UGCGCGCAUUCACCGGCAGCUCUGAACAUCACCAUAAGCGUGUGCGCGCAAAGAAGAAAAUGCCCGGACAACGUUGACGCGGUGGCUUGGAAAAAGAAAGAAAAAACCUAAACUGCGAAACGGAGUGCCCUUUUUAAUGAGAUUCAGAUGUUUUUGUCGACGGACACAUACAGGUUAUUACGACAAUGUGCGACAUCUGUCUCUGAUGUUCCAGAUUUCGUUAAAUCUGCUAUCGUUUCUUUGAGGAAGAUCCAUCACUGAGAUCUUGACAGCAGUACAGCCGAUGAGAGGUGCACCGGGUAUACUAUUUAUACCCAUACACAAAGAGCAGCAAUAAUGCUUAUUGUCGAUUUUGCCAUUGACAUUUGUUUUGCAAUGUAAUCUCAGUAGUCUCACCUGUUUUCUAGAACAGAGGGGGAAGGAACAGAACGGGAUUUUUUAUUCACUGAAUGCAUUAUAGCAAACAUAAUUUAAUUCAUUCAUGAACAAUUCUGGUGUGACAAAAAUACUUAUUCUAUCUGGCCAAUCAAAUCAAGGACGGACAAAUCCUUACUACUUAAAAUUUGAUCAAAUCUUUAUUCAUCUCCAGUCAGUGGACUCGCGGCAGAAGCGCAUUUCUGAGGGUACCGGUGGGGUAGAUAGGGGGAGAUAGAGACGCCGGAAAUAGCUGAAACAAGUCACAGGAGAGUAGACGGUUGGGAGCAAGCGAGAAAAAUGCUUCCUUCGCAAGAAGCCUCAAAGAUUUACCAUGAUAACUAUAUGCGUAACUCUCGAACCAUCGGUGUCCUGUGGGCCAUCUUCACCAUCUGCUUCGCCACCAUCAACGUGGUAGUUUUCAUCCAGCCUUACUGGAUCGGGGACAGCGUGAGUACACCACAUGCCGGUUACUUCGGGUUGUUCCAUUACUGCGUGGGCGACGGUAACUCGAACCGGGAGCUGAUUUGCCAGGGAACAUUUUCCGACUUCAGUUCCAUCCCGUCCGGCGCGUUUAAGGCGGCCUCUUUCUUCGUGCUGCUGUCCAUGGUGCUCAUUUUGAGCUGCAUCGCCUGUAUGGCGCUCUUCUUCUUCUGCAACACCGCCACCGUCUACAAAACCUGCGCUUGGAUGCAGCUGCUUUGCGCUGUGUGCCUGGUGCUGGGCUGUUUGAUUUUCCCAGAUGGCUGGGAUGCAGAGGUCAUCCGAGAUAUGUGCGGAGAGGAGACAGGAAAGUACACACUGGGCAACUGUUCAGUGCGCUGGACUUACAUACUGGCCAUCAUCGGCAUCCUAGAUGCUCUCAUCCUGUCCUUUCUUGCAUUUGUCCUCGGAAACCGCCAGAACGACUUUAUACAUGAUGAAAUCAAGGCUGAAAAUAAAGAUUUGGCAGGAUCCAGGCAACCUCUACGUGUAGGGUCUUCUCUUCGAGUGGAUGGAAUUGAGAUCCGGGCUAAAGACCAUCGGUUCGGUGUCCAGCAGUUUCCGUGAGGAGACAGCAUCCUCCCUCCUUUAUCUUCUCCUCCAUCCCUCUCUCCUUGUCCUCAGGCCUGCGUCUCUAAACUCAGUCAGGAUGCUGCUAGUUCAGCUUUUGUAAUAUUGAAAAAGACUGGAAUACACUUCAAGAAGAGAACAUAUUCAACACCUAUUUAAAACCAUGAGAAUUUAAAACCAAUAAAAAGAAGAAAAUAUCAGCUUUACAUAAACCAACAACUCUGGGAAAAUAACAAGUUACAUAUAUUACUACUGUUAUUUAAUAAUGCUUUGAUGACAAUUAUGAUGAUAAUCAUGAUUAUGCUUGCAACCGCGAUAUUAUGUUCAGACUUUCAUAUUUUAUCUAAAAUGGGGAACAUAUUUCUAGCUUUAAAAAAAAAAAAUGAAUCAAUGCAUAUAUGUACAAGGGAGUGGGUGCUACUCUGGACACGCAGAUGAAAGAAAAACAUCAAGCCAAAAAUUGAAAUUGAAAAGAAAAGACAAAAAAAAGAAACAUUUUGUACAACACAAGAUGUAAUUUUGAAGACCAUUUUUUCUGACAAAUUUUGAAUUCCCCUCUUUGUACAAGUGGUCAGCAAUCAGAGUUAAUUGAUGAAUUAAAUAGUUAAUUUGUAAAUUCUAUAUUUAUAUGGAUACAGGGUACAGCCAUUAAGCAUUUAUUCACCCACAUCAUAUUCCUUCUACAAACUGGAGUGGAUUUAUCUCUCAGUUCACCUGAAGGUACCAAUAAUCAUUCUACAACUUUGCAGCAGAAAAGGCUAACAACAGUUAAAUA